UUCUGCAGGAGCAUGGGGGAAGGAGCUGGGCUGGCACUGUGCUGUCUCUGACUGACCAUCUUCAACUAAAGUGUCUGUCUGGCAGUGGCACAGAAAGACCGGCCCGUGAUAGAGAAGAGAAAAUCAUCAUCUGAUUCUGGGGUUUCUCCUGGAAAAACAUCCAUAGGACAUAUUGCUGCCGGUAUUUUCUGGAAUCAUGACAGAAAUGUUAAGCCAAAUGUGUAAAUCACUCACUGAUGACAUCAAAUUAUGUGGACAAUUUAAGAUAACCGGCGCUCGAGAAGUUGGGAAAGAUAUAAACCUUAUUCUAGUGAUCACAAACAAGACAGAUAAGGCAAACAAAUUAAAUGUUAAAAUUAAAGCUUUUUCAAUCCUGUACACAAAGAAAGAAAUGAAUGAGCUCCUGAAUGAAAGUAGAGACCUUUGCCUUGGCAGCAAUGAAGAAAAGGAAAUUCCAGUGACUAUAGCAUAUGUUCAAUAUGAAGAUCUUCUGACUGCAGAUAAUACAGUUGAGGUCACAGCAAUAUGUUCUACUGAAAACAACGAGACCAUGAUUGCACAGACAAAUGUUGUCCUAGAAAAUCCAAAAAUUGAAAUAAAGCUUCAGGGGCAGGCCAAGGUGAACUUACCCGUGACUGCAAAUGUUAUUUUUACAAAUCCACUGAAUAAAGAAGUACGUGAUAUUGUCGUCAUUGCAGAAGGGAGCGGCUUGAUAAAAGAUCCGAUUACAAUAAAGGCUGGAAAUGCAAAACCAAAGGAAGCUGUCACAGUUCCUAUCAUUAUGACACCAUACAAGUCAGGCUGCAGACAUCUAUUGGUCGACUUGACAUGUAACAAGUUUUUCAAUAUUAAAGGCUAUCUGGAAAUAAAAGUGCAUGAGGAAGAAGAAGACAAUUCUGCUCCUAAGCAAAGCUAAUAUUAUAUAUUCUAUUUUUUGUUGUUGUGAGCUUUGCAUUUCAUCUAGUAGCAAUGAGAAAAAACAGACUAUAGUUUUGCAUUCACUUUCAAAUUGUAUGAUAAACGUUUACCAAGAAUGUUUGGUAGUUCACUGCCAAGGUCUAAUUUAAACGGUAAUAAAAGUAAAAAAAAAUGUCUCUAAUGUAUUGUAAUUGUUAAAAUGUUGCUUGCAUAAAAAACAUGUUUUUAACCCCCGCAAAGUGUUUAAACGCAUAGUUAAAGUCAGCUCCAGAGAAGCAAUUAACUUCUAGAAGCUAGCUGAACACAAAUGGUGAGCUAAUGACAACAGUUAAAUGUGUCAAGCCACCAAUCACCAACUAGCUGACAGCAGUGCAUUGCUGCUCCUAAGCCUAACUCUGUGGGACUGAUAUUCAAAAGCUCGCCGCUCAGGUGAGAUACUCUAAGACAUCUCGUCAGUAUGGAGAGGUCCCUAAAAAAAAAAUGUUAGAAACACAAAUUUUAAUUUGAAAGCUUUUUAUAUCACUAUGCAGGGUUCUUGAUGUGAAGGAGACACCUACAUUACAAGGUUUAAAAAAAAAUCCCAAAGAUGUUGCAUGAUUUCUUUCCAUGCAGGCAAGCUUUUGCAUAUCAGGCCCUGUAUGUUUUUCAAUAAAUGAUGCCAAAACAAUAAAGCAAAUUUGAUCAUUUACUCUAAA